GACAACACUCGGCAAACCAUUUCCACAUUGGAGCUGUUUCCGCACCCUUAUGCAAAAGCACUAUAGAUAUAAUAAGUCUCGAAAGCGCCUCGAGCUAUAGCUCGCAUGGUUUGGCGUAGUUGGACUUUCUGGGUGGCUUGCGGUGCUUUUGUUACAUGUGCGUGGCGACACACCUAGACUUGGAUGAGGGAGGAUUCGGUGAUGGCCGCUACAGGUGCGGCACCAAUAUCAUCGUUACUCAAUGUCAUGAGCGAGCAGUCACAGCCGUCAACCAGUCGUGCUGCCCAGCCAACAAUCCUCCACCAGCAAAGAAUUGCACGCAAUGGCCGCAUGUAUUACAGCCAGUGGUAUCGCACUUAUCCCUUUCCGUGCGAUGAUACUGAGCAACACCGUCUCGAUGUGAUGCACAGAGCCUGGUUCGAGGCGAUGGGACAACGGCUACACCUUGCCACCCUAAGAGACUCUCCAAUGCGGAUUCUUGAUGUUGGCUACGGGACUGGCAUAUGGGCGCUUGACAUGGCUGAGACGUACCCUAAUGCAGAGAUUGUGGCGAUCGACAUUGGCGAGGACCACCCCGUACUGCGUGGGUUCGACAAUGUCGAUUUUCGUCCCAACGUCGACUUUACCACCAACGAUUGGGGAGUGGAAACGGCGUCCUUCGACUUCAUUCACUGUGCAAUGCUGUGCGGAAGCGUCCCGGACUGGCGACGCUUCGUCGAGCGUAUUUCGAGCCUUCUCAAGCCCGGUGGACAGGCCGAGUUUGUUGAGCUUGACUGGACUCCCCGGUGCGACGAACAGUCCCUGCCGCCUGGUUCGCCCGUCUCUCGGUGGUGGCAAGCCAUGCAGGACGCGAGCAUAGUCAAUACCAAGCCGAUUACCUAUCCUGAUGAUCUCGAAGCGUUUCUAGAGGAGGCAAGGUGUCCUGCAUCCAGCCACCACACUAUCGAAGUCAAUACGUCUGAAAACUAUCGGGAAUACCACGAGGACGAGCAGCGGAAUGUGGUCGCACGAUGGUUUAAGCUCUUCAUGUUUGAUACCAACUUCCAGAGCUUCACUGGCAUGAGUAUGGGCUUACUCACAACCCACCUUGGCUGGGCUCCGGAAGAGGUGGUCGCUCUGUGCGAGAAUGUUCGCGAUAUUCUGAAAGACACCUAUUCUCCGGUGUAUUACAAACUGCACGUUGUUACCGCGCGCAAGAGAGGCGGUCGAGUGUCCAGUCUGUGACGCUAGGCCGCGAACGAGCCCCAGGGCUUACGAACAGGCAACAUGAACAUGGCUCAUUGCAGCGAUCAGACCAUCAGACAGUGGAUCUAAUUCCAGACCGCACACGAGAGCCUGCCGGCUAGCAGCAACGUUGUUGUGAGGCAGUGUCCCCAAAAGACGGCAUCUCGCUACAACGUCCCGUGCGCUGUUCGACUGGCACCCACCCGUAGUUGCAUAUUCCAGCUUCUAAAGAGGAUGGAACCAUCGUGGGCCGAGCGCCGACUCACACGUGCUUGAGCUCUGAGGAUCUAGUAGCCAAGCCAGCAGAUCGGAUACGAACGCCCGAAAAGGAGUGACGAGACCAUGAGACGGCGUCAUUUGGAAGUACUUGUUGAGAUUUACUGUAUGAUAGAUAACAAUGUAAUAUCAAUAUGCAUCAAGCUGCU